GCUGUCGCUGUCUUCCGGUGCCCAUUGCUGUCAAAAUGGCUCGUCUACUGUCAUUUCAUAUCGCAGUGAUUUCUGCUGUUUUAUUCUUUUUAUGCACGAAUUUCGUCUGCUGCAACAACGGCAGAAGGGUUGGAGAUUCAUUAGAGUCUGAAUUCGGCGGUUUCUCUGUGCCUCUUGAACAUUCCUUUGAAGUUGAUGAUAUAGCUAAAUUUCGGACACGUGGAGCACUGAUAUUAAAAGCUGGACGGGAGCCGGGCGUCUCACUAAGUCAGAACCAGCUAUCAGAGGAGGACAGAGCCAAACUGAAGGAAGUGGCAGCCGUGGACGGUCUGUACAGAAUCCGAGUGCCUCGUGUUUUCCUGCAGUCGGACAGACAGACAGAGCGGCAGAUGGAAGGUCACCUCACAGCGUUUGUCAGAGCUUGUGCCAUGGUUGAGUCCCAUCUGAGCGACGUGAUCAGCCUCCACACCGACGUCUCCGGGUACCUCAUCGGCGUCUCCAUAGUGACGCUACCCGGAGCCUGCAGGGGCACAGAGGUGGAGGAUGAAGUCGAUCUGGAGGUUUUCAACACCACACUCAGCUUCGUGGCUCCCGUCAACGCACCUGGACCUGAGACGGCUUUUUUCCUCGAGCGAUUGGAACAAGAAACAGAGAAGAAAGGGAAGAAUCCACAAGAGCAGAAGUCUUUCUUUGCUAAAUACUGGUAUUUGAUUCUGGGAGGUGCAAUCUUCCUCAUGGUCUCCAAUUCGGCACAGCCCCAGCAGGGGGAGGCAGAGAGCAGAGCUGAUUCCCACUCAAUGGAUGUACAUCGUGCCUCUCGUUCUCUUCCUGAUGAUGUCCGGCGCUCAGGACCAAUCAGGAGAGGAGCCGGGGGCGGAGCAUCUAACGGAGGUGGCCGAUGAUCAACACGCUAACACACCUGUCUUUCUUUUCUUCUGUCUUUUUUUUUUUUUGUGGACAUUUACUGAACAAUAACUCUCCUGGAACAGUUUUUAAUUGCUGUACAUAACGCUAUUUAAGGAAAAUGAACAUCCGUCUCUCACACAACUGAAACCUGUGUAGUGUAGAGAAGAUAAUGUGCCCUGCUGAUGACUGCGUUUUAAUAUUAAUGUGAAAAUAAAGUAUUUAUUACUUGAA